CGGCCGCCUUUGCAUUGACCCCGGCAUGGCGGUGAUGGGGGUGCAGGUGGUGGUGAGCCUUCUGGCAGCCAGCGUCAUGCAGAAGAUGGCCCCGCAUUGCUCCUUCGCUCGCUGGCUGCUCUGCAAUGGCAGCCUGCACCGCUACAAGCAUCCCUCGGAUGAGGAGCUCUGCGCCCUGGCAGGCAAGCAGCGUCCCAAGGCCAAGCGGGACAGGAGGAUGAACGGCAUGACGGAUGACAAGCCCCUCUCUGUGCCCCGGGACAUCGACCUCCGCCUGGACACCAGCCCCAUCACUGCCGUGGAUGCUCUCGUGCUGCGCUAUUUCCUGGAGUACCAGUGGUUCGUGGAUUUUGCCGUCUACUCCACUGCCGUGUACCUCUUCACCGAGGGCUACUACUGCCUGGCGGACCCCCAGAAGGAGACGAACAUCGGGGUGCUCUGGUGCCUGCUGACGGUCAUCUUCUCCGUCAAGGUCUUCUUCAUGGUGAUGCGCCAUUACUUCCGCUCGGAGGAGGGGGGUGAGCGCUCUGUCUGCCUCACCUUCGCCUUCUUCUUCCUCCUCCUCGCCAUGGUGGCCCUGGUCAUCCGUGAGGACUACCUGGAGUUCGGCCUUGAGCCCGGGCUGGCCGGUGUCAGCAGCAACCUGGAGAGCAUCCUGAAGCAGCGGGGCUGGGAGUGGACGUUGCCCCUCGCCAAGCUGGCCUUCAAGCUGGGGCUGGUGGCCCUGUGCUCCUUCUUGGGUGCCUGCCUGACCUUCCCGGGGCUACGCCUGGCCCAGACGCACCUCGACGCUCUCCGGAUGGCGGCCGACAAGCCCCUGACCCAGGUCCUGCUCCACAUGAGUUUCCUGGCACCUGUCCUCGUGGUGGUGAUGUGGAUCAAGCCCAUCUCGCGGGAAUUCCUGCUCCACGCACCCAUGGGCAAGCAGACGGUGCAGCUCAUGUCGGACUCUGCCUACAACACCGCGCGCCUCUGGACCAUCGUCAGCCUCUGCCUGUUGCGCCUGGCCGUCACCCGCCAUCACCUCCAGGCGUACCUGGGCCUGGCCGAGCGCUGGGUGGAGCAGAUGAGGAAGGAAGCCGGGCGCAUCGCUGUCCUGGAGAUCCAGCGCAAGAUCGCGAGGAUUUACUGCUACGUCUCCGUGGUCAGCCUGCAGUACCUGGGACCCAUCAUCCUCACCCUCCACUGCACGCUGCUCCUCAAGACGCUGGGGCACCACUCAUGGGGGCUGUACCCGGAGCCCCCUCCCCUCCCCCUGGCAGCAACUGCAGCAUCGCCGCAUCCCGGCGGCGAGGACAGGGAGGACGUGCGUGCCGCAGUGGAGCAGAUCACGGGCGUUUUGGGUGGCAUCUUCACCCCCCUCUUCUUGCGCGGACUCUUCGCCUUCCUCACCUGGUGGGUGGCCGCCUGCCAGGUCGUCACCAGCCUCUUCGGCCUCUACUUCCACCAGUACCUGGCAGCCUCCUGACUGGAGGGAACUGGGACGUGCCUCGGGGCGCAGUCGGUGCUCGGCUGCUGGUCCCCUUGCUCCUGCCUUGGCCGGUUUCCCCCCCUUCGGACGUGCUGGCGGCACACGUGGACACGCACAUGGGGAUACGUCUGCCACCAGCUCUCGGCACGACGGGUUUUAUGCAUGUGGGCCAGCGUGGGCAUCGCCUGCUCCUGCCGCCGAUCACCACUGUGCCUGCUCUCGCCCCGCUGCCGCUCCGGGCUGCAUCCCUCCAGCCCCUCUUCCCCUUUCCUGAUCCUGCACGGUGAUGGAGGAACCAAAGCCCCGCAGCUGGGUUUGCUGCUGCCUGCUCUGACCCGACACGGGGACGCUUUGCCGCUGUGUCUUCCUGGAGGGCAGCGGCUCCUGCCAGCCCUGGGUGAUAGGUGCUGGGCAGAGGACGCGGUGGGGAUCGCCCUUGCGUGGUAGAGACCCUACGGCCAGGUUGGAGCAGCAGCUUGGGUUACCAGCACAGACUUUGGGGUUUGCUCUGCCUAGCGUUUGCCUCCACCGGUGGAGGGUGAGUGUAUUUUUGUAGGGUUGCUGCUCUAGCCAGCUGGGUCAGGGCUCCUUGGGGGUCAUCCCUCUGCUUUGCGUGAAAUCCUCAGGCCCAGCAGCCUCGGCUGUUGGCUGUUUUAGAAAUAAAUAA